AGCCCGUUUACCGAGCGCACUCCGGACGUCGUCCCCGAACGCUGUCAGCUCUUCUCACCUUCUCACCGUCAGCCUCUUUCAGCGUUUUUACCUCCUACGUUGGAAGAUACUUGUCUGUCUACAUUGCUGCCUUCCAAUCCAUCCAUUUGGCACUUACCUCCAUCGCCAUUCUCUCCAGGAUGUCACUGAAGGUACAGACCAGUAAUGUGACCAACAAGACAGACCCAAAGUCCAUCAAUUCACGGGUGUUUAUUGGCAACCUGAAUACAGCGGUGGUCAAGAAGUCUGAUGUUGAGAGCAUCUUUUCCAAGUAUGGCCGUGUGCUUGGCUGUUCUGUGCACAAGGGCUAUGCCUUUGUCCAGUACGCCAGUGAGAGGCAUGCCAGGGGAGCUGUGAUUGGGGAGAACGGCAGGGUGCUGGCAGGACAAACACUCGAUAUCAACAUGGCGGGAGAGCCAAAGCCCAGACCCAAAGGCCUGAAACGAUCAGCAGCUUCUCUCUACAGCGGCUAUGAGUUUGAUUAUGACUACUACAGAGAAGACUUCUAUGACAGGUUGUUUGAGUACCGUGGCAGAGUGUCUCCUGUUCCACGUGUGGUGCCAGUCAAACGCCCGAGAGUGGCUGUGCCCCUUGUACGACGGGUCAAGUCUCUGCCUGUCAAACUGCUGGCGUGUAACGCCUCCAUCCUCCCAACCAGCAAUGGCAACAAACAAAGAUCAGUGAAAGGCACAGAGCUUCAGGCGAUAAAGUCAGAGUUGACUCAGAUUAAAGCCAACAUCGAGGCUUUGCUGGGCAGACUGGAGCAGAUCACAGAAGACCCACACAUAGCUGCCACAGAUUUGAUCAAUACAGAGGAGUGCAAGAGUGAGGAGGCAUGGCAGGGAGGGGAGGAAUCAAGUUCAGAGCUUGAAGAUGAGGAUGAGCAGAGACAGAACAGCGAAGCUGAAGAGGAGGAGGAAGAUGAAGAAGAGGAGGAGGGAGAGCACACACAGGAUGACACCCACAACCACAUGGUAUUAGGAACUGUGGAGGGAGAGACAGAAGGGGAGAGAGAAAAGCGCUCUGGACAGACAGAACUAGAGAACAGAAAAGGAAGACCAUCAAACAGCAGGGAUCAUGAGACUCACAAGCUCACUCACUAACACAGACAAAACUGUAAAAACACAGCAAAGAGAUAUACUUGACACUUUGUCCAAGCCACAGGAAGAUAAUAAAACAGCAGGUUACUGCCUGAGUGCAUAAAAUGAAUUACACACACUAGCACACCAACACACACAUUGAUAUGAAGAAGACAAAAAAAAAACAAAAAAACUUAGCGAUGGAGCCAGAUUCACUGUGUCAGAGCAACAGGGGGAUAGUAAAGACAGCAGGCUGUUGUCAAAACACAUCUUAAACUGACAGAUUCAUUCACUCACAGAAGAGCUCUCUUUGGGAAAGCUGGAGCUUGUCAAACCAUCUGUUGCUUUAUAAGGCCAUAAAAUAUGACUGAAUGGACAACAUAUAGAGAUUGUUAUUUUUAGUAUAGAUUCUUUAAUAUCAAGGUAAAAAAAAAUCCCGGGGGCUAUUAUUGUUGCAGAAUUAUUUGCAAGAGUUGAGCAGAGAGUUGCAUACCUCAAUCAGUGUGUGAGUAAUCAGAUUUGUAAACAUGUAAAAAAAAAAAUCUUCAAAUAUGUACUGAGAUUUGUUCAUGUCUACAUCAGUCAUGUAUUCAAUCUGUGUAUGUUUGUAAUGACAUUUGUAAUCAAAUCCCAGCACGCGUAGAUUAUCUGUCACAUUUUGCAAAUCUAAGCAUGCACACCAGGACUUUUCUAAUCGUUCUGUUACAAUUAUAGCCUCAUAAAAUCCCAAAUAUCAAGUGACAGUGUUCUGCCAGGCCGGGCUAAAAUUGCAAGGGAAAUAGGAUGGUAAAUGCCGAACAUCAUGCAAUGAACUAAAAGACAACAUAAAAAGAUGCUGAUGAGCAAAUAUUUCACAUGUGCAUGUAUUCACUGUCGCUUGGGUAGUAUAGGCUCUACACAAAUAAACCAACAUGUAAAAUUAACCAGACAAGUACACAAAGCAGCAACAUUUUACUUGACAGUUUCUGAUGGAUGGAGUGCUGGAGGGCGUAUAUAUGCUUGACGAUUCAUGCUCACACACGUGUGAACAUGCAU